AUGUGCUCCUGUGGCCAAUUCCAAGACAGUUUCUGCCUCUGCAGUACAAUUACAGAGUAUUCGAAACAGUGCUGCCAUUCUGGAGGACAUCCAAUUGAUUGGAGGACAAAUACAUUUUGUCCUAAGAAGUGUCCCGGAAAUAUGAUUUAUAAAGAAAGUGGGUCCCUUUGCAUGAACUCAUGUUCCCAUCUGGAGAGUCAAACCCCUUGUGAGGAACAUUUUAUGAAUGGCUGCUUUUGUCCUGAAGGCACAGUAAGGGAUGACUACAACUGGAGAGGAUGUGUACCUGAAAGUGCGUGUUAUUGCAAACAUGCAGGUGUAUUGUAUGCCCCUGGAGAAACAAUGAUCCACAGCUGUGAAGAAUGCCUAUGUAUAUCCGGAAGGUGGAACUGCACUGUGACACCAUGCCCUGGAAUAUGUUCCGUUGAAAACGGAGCUGAUUUCACUACAUUUGAUGAGAAAAAGUACACGUUCCAUGGAAACUGUUACUAUGUGCUUUCAGAGGCAAGAUAUUUUUCUUUUUUCAAUUUUUUAGAACAAAAUUAAUAUUAUGAGAACUUAU